CGCUAAAGCAUGACUUUGGAAGUGAACGGUGGUAAAGAGCCUGGACUUCAGGUUAUGAAUGAUGCACCGUCCCUUCAGAAGCUGAAUCAAGGAUAUUUAGGGAGAACUGAUUUGGCUAAGGAUUCGCUAUUGGAACUUCAAGCAGAGUGUCGAAUCAAAAAUUCAAAGAAAAUUGCAGAAAUUCUGUUUAGGUGUCUACGAGUUUCUACAUACCUUGGCCAGAUUACAUGAAGAUGGAAUAACUCAGGAUACCAAAUAAAAUUGUUUUAAUGUUCAAAAUUUCAUGCACGUGGAAAGAAAUAGUAACAAUUUUAAACUUAAAUUAAAUUUUUGUUAUUUUUUUGUUCAUAAAUGUUCAAUAAGUUGAUGUUGAAAUUCAAAAUGUAAUAUGUAUUUUAAAAUUUGCUAUUGUUAAUAAUCAGUUUAUUUUAAAAUGGAACAAGAAUCCUAUGUACUAAUCCUACCAACGCAAAUUUGGAUAAUCCAAUCACCGGUUAUGAAGCUUUUCGUCAUAAUGAAGAAUGAAGAUCUACCAUCAUCAAAACUGUUGUUCAACAAAUUAUUUUUUUUAUAUUUUUGAUUUUUUUAUGAUAUUUCAUUUCAAUUUAAUAAUUGAAUCAAAUUAAUGCAUGUCAUACAUUUCUCUUUUUCUUUUUUAAAAAUGAUUCAUUCAAUUCAAAUUCACUUUCUUCUCAUAUGAGUUAAUUUAAAGAAUGAAAAAGAGUUACCUCCAUUUCUGAGAAAUUAAAACAGCAAGCGUUAAGAAACGUAAAUCACAAACUUUCGUGAAAGACAUCUAUAAAAAAUUACUGUUUCUUCAUGAAUUCCAUCAAGAGAUUAAAGAGAAAAAGAAGCGAUUUCCGUUUUCAAAAAUCCUGGUCAAGCUUGUGGUGGAGUAUAUACAGCUCGAGCAUAAUGCCCUGUACUCUGCAGAAGGUAAUCAUUUGGAGUUUGAGAAAGAAGUGGAAAACCGUGUCAUCAAUCUGCUUGAAAACAUGUUCCUACUUUACGAUAAGAAGCCGGCACCCGCAAGAUGCGUCUAUCCAAAUUCACUGUUCGUUUUGAAAGUCUUGUAUGCAGUUUCUAGUGAAUAUCGAUGUGAUAACAAUGUAUUUGGCAAUUUAGUAAGAAAAUUAUUGAAGAAGUUAAAAUUGUGGGACGCUGUGCAAAGGAGCACAAUGGGUAUUUGUAACAUCACUACCUCAAAUCCAGCAGUUAGAAUGCUAUCACUUUAUGACAUCAAUGAAAUACCCGAAGAGUAUGAUACAGAUGAUGAAGAAGCACAGACUAUAAAUUGCGAACUUAGUAGGCUAUCACUUCUAACUCCCACUGAAAAGUGCACAGCGACACCCUCAAACAAACCAGACUAUACCUCAUUGGAAGAAAAGUCUUCACAAGAUGCCAGCAUCAGAAGUGCGGAUACCGUCGUGAAUAGUGCUAUUGACACCAUCUGUUUGGAUGAUAGUGACGAGGACGCUGUUUUAUUGGAACACAAUGACUAUAAAAGUGCUAAAACUUGUAAUAGUGAUCUCAACAAAAGUGUAAAAAGCGAUGUACAAAUAAAUGUGAAAUCUAGUGUUAAAUUGGAAGCCAUGCAGAGUACAAAAACAAAACCUAGUGAUUAUUUAAGUAAGGCUAGAGGCAAUAAGGUGAAAAAUAGGUGUUCGAAAGGUUUGGUAAAGGACUGCCGAAAGACAACAUCACGACAAUUCGACUUGAUGGAUUUACCGCCAUCGACGAGUCAAUGUAGUAAUAUCACGUUGAAGAACGGGACAGUUGUGAAAAUAAAAAGUGAGCAUCAAAUACAAAUUGUGAUUGAAGAGGACGAAGAUUCAAUAUUAAAUAAGUACGCAGAUGAAGAGCCAAAGAUUGACACAGUUCCAAUACCACCGGAACCACCACAGGUCGCGCGAUCCAACACUAAAAGAUCGCGUGUCAGACAAACGAAGAAGCCGGUCGUUUCGGACAAUCAAGUCAAUGAAAUUUCAUCUUCGCAAAUAUUCGAUAUUGAUAAUAACUGUGAAUCAGUGAGUCGUGAUUUGGAUUUUUCACUGCACAGCGUUGAAAUUACCUCUACCAGUACUACUUAUCCAAGUUAUCAGAAGCAUGAGAAUAGCAGUUCUUCUAUAAGGAUAUCAAAAGCUUUUUUAACUCCCGAUUGUAAUUCAAUUGAUCAAGUUUAUACUAGUUCACACGACAGAUAUUACAACAAUGCUGAUAGCUGUUUAACGCCGUCUUAUGUCACCAGUAAUUAUGAAGAAAAAGAUAACAACGUGGAAAAUGUUAUACCAAAUUUAAAAGACGUAGAGAGAAAUGAUAAUUUUGUUAGUGAUUCCCAUACAGAUACAUUUCAAGCGAAUAUAUGUGACGUAAAUAAAGAAGUUGGUGAAGUAUUAGUGGAAAAUCGAUUAGAUUCAUUGCUCAAAAUACCUUCAGAAUUAGAAGAUUUAAGUCCUAAUGAUGAUUCUCAAAUAAUAAUACUUGACCUUUUGAAUACCAUGAUCAGAAUGGUUGAAAAUGAUACAUUAGAUAAUUUAAAAGCAUCAGGGGAUCCUAUGAUUACAGAACCUUAUUUUGUAUGUAAUACAUCAAACCAUCAAACCUCAAAUGUAGAUAAUUCAGAAAAAAGACAUACAGCAAAUAAUCUUGCUGAAACCGACAAUUUUGAGCACAUUUCUAGUAAUUUAUCGAGUGAGAAAGAUAACUCUGAAGUUAUCCAUAAAGAUAGAGUUGUUGAUAUUGAUAACCAAUUAGAAAGCUGCCUGUCAUCUUUGAAUAAACCUGAUAAUAUCAAUAUUAAAAAUACAGAAGAAAAGGAUAUUGACCAAAAUGAAGGUGAUGUUUUAUUUGGAGACAUCAAUGAAAAAACUGCAGAUAAUGAACAAGAAGUAUUAGAAAAUAUAUUGAAAGACACAAACAAUAAAGUUGCAAUUGUGAAAACUAAUGAAGCUGUAACAGAAAUUAGUAAAGAAAACUGUGACAUUCAAAUUGAAUUAAAUAAUUCACUGGAUAAAGGAGAGUUAAAACAUGCUAAAAGUAAUGAAGGUGUAGUAAAAUUGCCCACUAUGGAAAAUCCAAGUUUUGAAAUUUAUUCUUGUGAAGAAGACAUUGACAAUGAAAACAAUACUAAAUAUUUAUGUCAACCUUCCCAUAAUAUCAAUGAUCAAAAUCAUGAAAUGCAAUUAGAAACUAUUGUUGAUGUUGUCCAAAAAGAAGGUGAUGAAAAAAUUAAUGAAAUAGAAAUACAAGAUACAGAAAAAGCUGAUUCGAUAAACCUAUUAGCUACUAAAAAUGUUGAAAAUUUAAGUCAUGAAUCUUUUACACCCACUGUUGAUAAUAGGAUAUCACCAAGUAUUCUACCAAUGGAUGUCCCAAUUCACAUAGAGGGUAAAGAUUAUUUAGCUAAAAAUAUUGAAAAACAAGACCAUAAAACACAAAAAACAUUAUCUGAUCUACAAGAUAAAAUUGACGAAGAUGACUCAGACACUUGCAGUGAAACCUCGGAAUCGUCUGUGUUAACCAAUGAAAAAUUAGUGAUUCAUGAAGAAUCCAAUGAUGAUCUUGAUCUUGAAAAUAGCAAUGAGGAAAUUUCUGAAUCUGCAUUACUACCUUCUAAUGAUAUACACAAGGUGGCUCUUAAAGAAGAUGUAAAUAUUGAUCAAGAAGAUGCUAUAAAAGAUGAGAAAUUAUUAGAGGAUAAACCCAUUACAGAACUGUUUAAAAAUAAUUCCUCAACAACAAAUUCGCUAAUCGAAGAACAUAUUAAUUCGGUUGCGAACUUUGUUUAUUACCAUUCAAACAAAGAAUAUCAAAAUACAAGUUCUGAUUUACCUAAAACGGAUAAACCACCUCAAUCCUUGAAAACUUCGGAUUUAUCUAUUGAUAAUAAAGUCACAACUACAAUAGAAGAAGCUAAAUCAGAAUUGGAAGAAUUAUACAACAGCAAUGCACAUAAACAUAGCUGUUCGAUCACAUAUAGUAUUCCAAAUAGUGAUGGUGACCUUGAACGACCUGUUGAAAUUCGCAUCGAAGAACUGCCAGAAAAAGAAAUUUUUCCUCACCACGAAUUAACGUCGCUUCCAGAGUCUCCAAAAGUCUCCCGAUCAGAUGUUCUGCAUGAGAAUCGGCUUUCGGUACUUGCUGAACUCGCAGAUAAAUGCCAACACUUGCCCGUUACUCCUGAAAGCAAAAAAAAUAAAAAAUUAAAUCUCAAUAAACGAGCUAGAAGUAGAUUGAUAAUUCCGAACGCGAAAUUUCAACGAAAACGUAAAGAUAAUCCAGUAAUCGAUGAAGAUAGUAUUGAAAAUGAUCUUUCGUACACAGCCGAUGAAAAAAGCUCAAUAGUAGAAAAAGAUUUAAAAGGUAAAAAAUCAAUAAACCAUCUAAAAACCACCAAAAAUCAACGGUUAAAAUGCAUUAAUCCUAAAAAAGAGAACAACUUAAAAAAUCGUAAAGUAGAUGAGGAAGUUGUGACUGUAGGUAGAUGUACAAGAAGUAAAAGUAUGUUGCUUUUUAAUGAACCUUUACCUUUUAAUGGGCGUUCUGUUAAAAAUAAAUCCAAACAUGACGAUGUUUCCGAAGUUAAAUCUAAACGAAAAGCUAACAAAUCAAAGGUCAAUAAGAAUUUGAGUGAAAAUCUAAAUGAAAAUAAAACAUCAACAGAUUACUCAAUUGAAAAUUUAUUGAACAUCCCUUACACAAUAAGGAAUGGUCUAACAAUCGCAAGAAUAGAUGUUCCUACACCUCCGGACGAUGUUCCUUUAAAUCUAUCGAAAAAAGUUAUGUUAAAUCCAGAAGUAUCAAUUGAAAUAAUUGGGGAUAAAUCUGAGAAGAUAUGUGACAGGAAUUCGCAAGAAACAACUAUGCCAUUAAAAACAACAAAGUCAUCAAAGAGUAAACGAAAAGAUAAUCAAAUAAAUCAAAAAAAUAUUGAAGAUAUUAAUCAGCAAGAGACGGUGAAUAAUGAGGAUGAAAUAGAAGGCAAAAAUAAACCACAAAAUAAUAAGGAGAAAUCAUUACUUUCAUCUGUGUCAAAUAAAGAUAAAAUUGGUCAAGAUAAAGUUAAAAUUUGGCAACCUUUUGAAGAUCUUAUGAACAAAAAUGCAGAAAAUUCUUCAUCAGCUUCAAAUAAUAAACAUCACAAUGAAAUUAAUUCUACAAAAAAUGAAGAAAAAGAACCUGUUUUUAAUUUGAAUGAAGUUGGAAAAAUCAAUACAAAACGAAGAAAAAGUACAAGAGAAAAGAAAGAAAAGAAAAGCAAUCAUUUAAAUUUACAAGAUUUGAAGCAUAUUGGUGAAGAAGAUCUACUUGAUCGAUACUUAAAUGAGCAAAAACCUAUUUCUUACUGCAAUGAUGAAGAAACUCAAUGGUUUCCUGAAAAAAGAUUAACAAGAAAAAAUGGGAGGACUAAAGAUACAGUUGAAGAUUUAAUUGAAAAGAAAAUCAAUAAAAAAAAUAAAAAAUUUGACAUACAAUCACAAAAAAAUAUUGAAAGAGAACUUGAUGACCCAAGUAUUAAUGAAGAAAACAAUAUCAGUAAGAAACCUACACGAAGAAAUAAGAAAACAAAUUCUAUUUUAACGAGUGUUGUAGAAAAACAGCGUUGCGACAUUGUCACAAACGGUAAUGUAAAUGGACCAUUUAAUUUACAUGACAUGGAAAAUGAAGCUCAAGCGAAAGAAUUAUUUUUAAAAAAUUAUGAUUUGAUGGAAAAAAUUCCUAGACUAAAUAAAAGACCAAGCAGGAAAAGAGGGAAGGAAAGUUAUAAAACCGACAUUGUUGCCUGCGAAAUUGUGGAAGAAACUUUGUCCAAAUCACGUAGUACUCGACAAAACACUAGACUUCGUAACAAAGAAACUAAAGUUAAAUUAAAAAAUAAGAAAACUUCGAGUUCAGAACGAACCUUAAAUGUAUUGAACGAAACAGAAUCGGAGUUAAACGUUGAUUCCAAAUUACAAGAUUUAGAGAGUGACCCAACAGUUAUAUGCAAAACAGAAAUAAAUCCAGAAACUGUGUUGACCAAAGAAAGUGUUUCGUCAGAAUCACUACUAGACAAAGGAGCUAUUGAAUCAACUCCAAAUUCAAUAGGCGAAACGAAAGAAAUAGAAUCUUGUUCUAAAUCAGAUGAAACAGAAAAAAUUGGUACAGAAAAUGAUUUGAAUACAAAUAUAUGUCGGGUUGAUGUUGAAGUUGCUUUAGUAGUUGAAAGUCUAAAGGAAUCGAUUGAAUUACAAGAAGAGCAACCUAAAAUAGAUAAAGUUGUAUCAGAAGAAUUAAUCGAAAGAGUUCAACACGCUUCUGAAGAGAUAAUUCAUUCUGAUUAUGUUGAUCAUGUAGAAGAACUCGAAAUUGACGCCGAAUUUUACAAUGCAAACGAAAUAUACAUAGAGGAUGAAAUAACCAAUGUAAUUGAAGCUGUAAUUGAUCCACCUAUGGUUGGUGAAGAUCAACAUCAAAUUGUGGAAGAACAAGUAAACGAAGUAAUUGAUACCCCAAUUCUAAAAGAAGAGGUAAAUAAGGUUGAAGUAACAAUAAAAAAUGAUUUAGUGAUCGAUUCUUCCGAGAAUCAGGCUGAGAUUUUGUCUAAGUAUGAUCAAAAUUUUGAAGAAGGAGAAAGGAAUAGUUCUUCUGAAAAAGAUAAUUUUGUAUCAUGUGAAGAAGCGGAAGAUUCAAUACAUGAUCUUUCUGUGAAUGAAAAGGACAAUGAAAAUGAAGAAAUUGAAGUAACAGAUUCAACUUCACAAGAAAAAUCAAGUUUCCUUGAAGAAUCUGUUAUAAGUUUACCAAACACUUCAUUAGAUCUUCAAAAUUUUACACAGGUUAGCGCUGAGGAAAAUAAUUUUUCAAAUUCAGAUGUACAAAAAGCAAACUCAGAAAUUAUAAAUGCACUUGCCCAAGAAAGUGAACCCGAAUCAUCUUAUAACGAAAAAGUCUUAACUGAAUCAAUAGAAAGUACACAGGAAACAUUAAGUGCAUCAGUAGUUGAAAAUUCUGAAAAUAACGCUGAAUCCAAUGUGCUAAAACGAAAAAGGUUAAUAUCAGAACUUGAUGCAGAGGAACAAGAUGAAGAAAGCAGAGAAAAGGCGACGCCAAUGAGUUAUGAUCAUAUUAUAGAAAAUUUGCCAGAAGAUAUUUCUUGUUUAUUCAAGCGUAAACCAGUAGUGAAAAUAAGAAAUAUAAGCAAUAUGGAGGCGUUUCGAACUCAGUAUAUAAAUUCUUUAAGAAAACCCACUUUGAAUACGACUAAAAGAAGAAUUAAACCAUGUAGGUCUAAAGGUUUAGAUGCGAUUGUUGUAAAACUGGCGACGUCUUUGAAAAAGAACGAUUUGUGGCAAAUUAACAAACAGAAAAAGAUUCAAUUAGAUGAACUUUUCCCAAUAAGUAACGUUAGUAACGAUAAUACCAUCAAAGAAGAUGCGGAAAAACAAAGUCCUCAAUUUAAUGAUGUUACAGAGGAAACAAAGGAACAAGAACAUUCUAAUAAUCAUGGACUAGAUAAUAUGCCGUGUCAACAAAUUCAGGAAGAAAUAACCAAUACACAACAAAUCCAAUCUAAUGAAGAAGUUCAUAACGAAAUAGUACUUGAAAAUCUUGAUUGUGUUAUACCAGCCGUUGAAACGCUUGAAAAACAGGAAACAAACGAAAUAAUUAAAGAUCAAAAUAUUAGCUCCGAUUUAACAACUGUUUUAAGUACUCAAAUGCAACAAAGUGAAAAUAUGAAUGUUCCCCAAAUGAGUCAUAGUGAAGCACAACUUAUUCAAGAAAAGAUAGAUCAAUCUGAAACUGAGUUAUGUCAUGAGGAAGGUUCUGGAGAUGGGAGUAACAUUGAAGUUGAUGAAAUGAAAAGUAACCAUGAAGAUGAAGAGAUGGCAGUUGAAGAAAUAAGACCUUCUGUAGAAAAUAAAGAUUUAGUUGAAGUUCUACAUGAAUCACAUUCUGGAGUAGAAGUUGUUAAUAGUUCAGUAAUUUCAGAAGAAAAUGUUCAGAAACCUAAUGAUGCUGUUAUUGGUGACAUCUUUGAAGACAACCAACAAGAAACGGAAGAUAAUGAAAUUGAUAUGAUAUGUCCUGAUGAUGACAAAAUGGAAAGAGACAAAAUUGAUGAAGAAAAUAAACAAAUUAUUGCAGAUAUUCCCUUGGAACAGAUAGGAACCUCAGAAGUUGUUAAUAAUGAAGCAGAUUUAGAGUUGCAAACAUCUGUAGUCGAAGAACCCAUGGUUCAAGAACAUACUGAAAGUAAUUCACCUGAUAAUCAUAAUCAACAGGAUAAAAACUUAGAUUUUGAAUAUUCUAUUUCGCAACAGGAUGAGCAAAUAAUUGAAACAUCACAAAAAAUUGAAACACCAUCACAAGAUACUAGUGAAGAAAUAUUUCCUACAAAUAAUUUUAUGGAAGAAACUCAACCGACUGAGACAUCUUAUCAUGAAGGUACCAAAGAGAAUUAUAACGAUAAUAUUCCAGUUGAGUUUGAAAUGUUAACGGAAACUGAUUGCGAUACGAAAGAAAAUCACAUUGAAAAAGAGAAAUUACAGGAAAAAGUAAAUGAAGCUGCAACCGAGUCUUUUGUUAACGAUAAUUCUAUAAGUCAAUUACCUAAACCGCAGAUUACUGAAGCAUUUGACUGUGAUGCAGUGGUUGAAUGUAGUAAAGAUGGACAAUUCGAGGUUGAUAUUUCAUUGGAGCCUAUACAUUCAUCAGAGAAGUUAAAUAUCGAUACAAUGUCGAAAAAUAUUGAAAACGUUAAUGAAACAGAAACACCAUUAACUUCUGGAUUAAUAGUUGCUGACUCAAGAGAAUCCACUUCAUCAAUUCCUUUACCAACUGUUCAAGAUGAACCCAAAUAUGAUAACGAAUAUAAAGAGAUCUUACAAAACCCAGAAAUUAAUGUACCGAAUAAUACUUCACAAAUUUCGCAUAUUGAACCAAAAACACUUGUUAGGUUUCCUACAGCAAUGAAUGAAGAUGAUUUUGUAAUUACCAGUAACAACAGUUUUAUAAAUGACUGUACAUUAAAAGUUCGCCCUGCCAAAGAAUUAUUGGAGAAAUAUAAAUUUAUGCAAGAUGAAUCUUAUGAUACUUCAAGUAGCGAUUAUGACUUACAAACGAGUCCUAAUUAUCCAGUUUUUAAUGAAAUUAACGCCAACAAAAUUGAACCUCGGAUGGACGAAAACAAUCAAUUAAUCGCGGCAUCAACGGAAAAUUCGCAAUCGUGUGUUAUAGAACCAACAGUAACCAUUGCCGAGGAUGGUAGUUAUGUGCAUCACAAUGAAAAAUAUGAAGACACUAACUCUAAUAAGCAAUAUGUGGCUGAAAAUAUCUCUAACGAAAUAUUUACAAAUCCAGAAAUUAUUGAAGGAAUUCAUCACGAAAAGAUUACUAGUUCAGAAACCAUCAACAAAAGCGAAGUUAUUACAAAUUCGGAAAGUAUUUCUAAUCAUGAAACCAUUCCCAAAAUUGUCUCUAGUCCCAAUAUUGUUCCUACACCUGACCUAAUCAUUCCUGUUCAAACAAUCCACGAAUUUAAUAAUUCGAACAUGUUAACAACAAAUUUACCACAGUUCAAUACACAAUUUCCGCAAAAGAUGCACCAAAGCACCAUCUUGGAUUAUAAUACUCAACCAAUAUCAAAUAGCAUUUUAAAUGUUUCAUUUGAUGCCGAUCAAUUUUUGUCUGAUGUUAUGUUAGAUAAGAGAUUACCGUAUUUGGACUCGUGUAGCGAUUUAUUAGGAAAUACUAAUAUUUUGAACCAGCAAAUGAACAACUCAAAUAUGAAAGUUAUGCCACCUUUGAAUCAAGAACAAUUAAUUCCAAACACUAAUAAUGAAAUGAUUAACGUCGAGAAAAAUUCUAACUUAGAAGUUUCGGGAUCCAGCUCUAAUGUAAACAUCAUGAAUGCCGCGACGGAUUUUAAUGGUAGAUUGGCUUGUAAUGAAACUAUUGAUGUUGAUGAUCCACAAUUAGCAGAAAAAGUUAAGUCGAUGGGUUUCGUUAAAAUUGGUUCAGAAUCGUCAGAUCAUGAUUAUAUAAAUUAUGGUGGGCCGCUUUUGGUUGGUAAAUACGAACAACCACAUAACAAUGAAUCACCAGAGAUGAGUCCAUCGAGACAAGUAAGCAAAAGAGAAACUUGUAAAGACUUAGAUGAUCUUAUGUUCUCUUUUGUCGAACAGGUUUCGAUGGGGGCUCAUAAUGAGAACCCAAUGAUUCCAGUCUCAAAUCAUGGUUCCCUCGUCAAUAACAUGACAGAACAGUACAAUUCAUUGCCAUACAAUUUCAUCGAUACCCAGGAUUUCAUGAACAAAAUGAUGGGAAACGUUAUGCAGCAUCAUCAAACCUCGAUUGCCGAUACAAGCGGUCAAUUUGAAAAUACAAUGACAUUCACUAACGAUAAUUUACUUUCAUCAACGCGAAUCGAUGAUUCAAACGCAACCGAUUUCACUAUAAAUUCAUUUCCGUUAUCAGAUCUUGCUUUAUGUGAUAUUGAGGAUUUCUAUCCAUCUGAAAGUAUUUCUCCAGAUAAAAUGAUUGUUAAUCCAUUAAAAACUUUGCAUACGAUACCAAAAAAUGUUGCAAUGGAGGUUCCACAAAAAGUAACUGUUAAAGUUAAUGAGUACGAAUACGCGUCAACAGAUAACUUGUUUAAAGAUGAGACAUUUACGUGUCCAGGUACUCCGAAACUAAACACAAACGAUUCGCUUAUUGAAUAUGCAAAGAGAAUGAAGGAGAAAGAAUUGAAGAAAGAAAAAGUUAGGACAAAAGCCGAGAAGAAAUUGAUGGAGUGGGCGGAUGCAUUUCCAAUAAGAAGAAAUACUAGAACUCCUGUAUCCGCACCGAGAAUAUCAUCAAAGAAAAAAGAUGAUAAAGGCCAAGGUAGUAGUAGUAGUGAUGAUAGUAAUGAAACAUCUCCAGAUAAUAACCAAAAGGGAUUAAAUUGGAAAUAUCAAAAUGAAAAACCACUUCCGAAAUUACCACCUGAAAUGUCCAUUUCUAAACAAGCGUUUAUUGAAAAUAUUUUGUCAGCUAAUUUAGAAUCGCAAGAAGAAUUAGAAAUGAAACCGGACAAAUUGGCUAAAUUAAUUUUUGCAACUUUUGAUGAUACGGAUUUAUUAAAUGUUGAUGCACCUAAUAUUUUAGAAUCGCCAACUCGUGUUACCGUUAAGAUUAACAAACACGAAUUCGCAUCAACUGAUGAUUUGUAUACUGCGUUUACUAAAGCGAAAGAUAGAGCUAAAAAGAUUGAAAGAGAUAAGCCAAAACCAGUGGGGAAGAAACUUGAAUUUUCCGUAUCAAAGAAAGCUGACGCGUCAAGUAGUUUGAAUGUGAACGAAUCGAGACAGUCAUCCAGGCCAGACCAAACAGUCUCAGAAAAUAUGCCUCAAUUAGACCAAAAAGAUACUUCUUUGGAGAAAGAUAUACAGAAGAAAGAUGUAAAGAACGUCAUCAAAGAAAAUCUUCAAGGUAAAAUUAAUGAUAAUGAGCAAACUAAACCGAAAACUGAAGAACAUAUGAAAGUAGUACAAAAAGAGAAGAAAUUCAAAGAAGAAUAUAAAUUACAGAAAAUUGACGAUUCGAAAGAAAUUGAAAAGAAACGCGAAAGAAGCAGAUCGAAUGAGAAAAAGGAAAGUAGAAGUCUAGAUUCAUCUAGAGAAAAUACUCAAAGAAAUGUUUCUGAUUCACGUGAAAAACCGGGAUUAAUUUCAACUGCUAUGCCAAUUCAAAAAUAUCAGAGUGAAAUUCAAAAAUGGAGACCAGAAACUUCUAGCCAGCACAACCAUCAAAAAUCAAAAUCUAGUUCCAGUAGUCAAUAUUCAUCCAGUAAACCACCAUCCAAUACAUCACAAAGAGAUCAAAGAGAUAAUACAAGAUCCGAAAGUAGAAGUAACAUACGAUCAUCAUCAACAUACCUUCGUAAAGAAGAUAAUCUUAAACCAAUCGACAAAUCAAAUUACAACUCCAAUAAAAAUUAUUAUCCCUCGACAUCAAGCAAUUACCAACAACAACCCUAUUACCAAAGGCAACAAGAUUUUUGGAAAUAUGAUCGACCACCAUCACGAAAUGAGCAAAGAAAACCAUCUUAUAAUCGACCAGAACGUCCUGGUAAUCCAGAUUCAUCAUCAAAAACGAAUCCAAGAAAUCCUCAAUCUAACGAGAAAAUGUAUUGGGAUCAUAAAAACAAUUUAAAUAGAAUUCAUCAAUCGAGAUCUGAACGCGUCCCCGGAAAUGAUUAUCUAAAACAAAAUGAUCAACGCAAUAAUACGAGUUACAAUAGAAUACCUCAAUCGAGAUCCGAAAGAAAUAGUAUGGAAACUCAUCAAUAUUCUCAAUUAGAUAGCGCGAUGUUUUCGCGAAAUAAGUAUGAUGAAAUUAAGAGGCGAUCAUAUGAAAAAUCGUUAAGAAAUCAAAUGAACAAUACGCAUGAAAGGUAUUAUCAAUUAUCUAGACAGAGUGGUGGGAGUAAAGUGCAGGAAAGACCUUCGAAGAGGAAAAGUCCUUCGAUGGAACGGAGUGAUUCGGCGAAAAUAAGGAAAUUUGAAGAUGAGAGGAAAGAGGUUUCGAAUCAAAGGAAAAGGACUAAUAGCCCCGUUGAAGAACCAUCGCGGAAACGGCAGAAAGAUUAUGAUGAAAUAUUUUCCAAGUUGCGUGAAGAAGGGAAUAUUAAUAAGAAUUUUAAGUUGAAGUUUUCAAAUUCUAAUAACGGGUCAAGUUCACAAUCGUCUAACGAUAAUUGGUUUGAAAAACUUCCCGAACAUGUCUUUUUGAAAGAAGCCAGAUACGUCACUUUUGGAAGUGUAAUUCAGAGGAGCAGUGAUAAACACAGUUAAAGUUUUUGUAAAUUGUCCUAAAAAAAGAUUGUAACAUAAUGUGAAUACGUAAAUUUUAGAAUAUGUACAUAUUAAUAUUAUUAAUAAUUGUAAGCAUUAAUGUUUGUAAUUAUUGACAUAGAGUUUGCGACUAUUGUUGUAUAUAUUACGCUGAUUUUCUUUGACUUUAUUUUUUAUAAACUAAUUUUAUUUCUAUUUUGUGAUCGAAAUUGUUAGAAUUAAUUAUUUAUUUAGACAAUAGGUGCAAAGUCGUUCUUAUAAUUCUUGCAAAGAUUAAAGAUUUUUUUAAUGUGA